AUGCUCUGGCUCCGGGCAAGCGUCGAUACCACACUCUUAUUCCCGCCAUUAAUCACAAAUGCUGCUCUCGACUCACCACGCAUCUACAUUGCUACACCGAUUUCUGAGGAUGGAGACCAUACGGUGUGCGUCGAAGAGGGUAUCAGCCAAGAUGUGAAUGAGGGUCUCCAGCGCCUUGGUCAUAAGACCAAGGUGCUGAUCGGCUGGGAACGUUCGAUGUUUGGCCGGGGUCAGAUCAUUCGUUUGCACUAUGAUGAGGGCCAGCUGGUGCAUAGUGCUGGUAGUGAUCCAAGAGGUGAUGGGAUGGCAUUCCCAUUGCUGUAA